AUGCGAGUGUCACACUCAAUACAGUCCCACCUGUUUCAGGCUUCACGCUCGGUUAACUGACAACUUAGACACCAACAUAAGCUAUUGUUGUAUCACUUGUCUGUGCACAGGGGUAAAGGUGAAUUAGAGUACAUGUCGGACACCGGGGAGGAGUGGCAGAUGGCCCGGCGACGAAAGGGCGCAGCGCGGAAACCGAAGACUCUGCUGGGGUCAACAGCUUCUACAUGCUGCCAGGAGCAGCUGGAUGUCGGGAAAACUGUUAAACGAAUCAGAGACACAGCGUCUGAGCUGAGAUGUGAGGAGUUCUGGCAGGACUGGAAAGGGCAGUUGCAGGCAGCAGGAUCAUCAUCCCCCUCGAAACCUCCUGAGAAUAAGGACACUGAGGAUCCCACUGAGCAGCCGGACAAGGGCAGAGAGGACAGACUAUGUCAACAGCUCGAGUGUGUGUGCUACGGCCUUGGCUCCUUCUCCUCCUGCGCCGCGGCUCGCUACCAGCUGGCCAUGUUGCUGCUGCUGUUGGAUGCGGGACAGAUUCCGCUGGAGGACUGCUCUGUGUUUGACCCCGUAUUCUCCACUGGAGAAAGGGAGGUUUUGAGAAAUCUCGGUCUGACUGUGCUCACAGAAAAUGAGGAAGGGAAGCGUCUGGCAACAAAGCCCACACUCUUUUACCUGAUGCAUUGUGGGAAAGCCCUGUACAACAACCUUCUGUGGAAGAACUGGAGUACACAAUGCCUUCCUCUGAUGACGAUCGUUGGAAACGGCUUCAAUGGCAUGAGGGAAAGGACGAUCGGGAGAGAGUUCGAGCGGGACUACAGCUACAUUAGUCUGGCUGUGGAUGUGUGUGAGGAGAGACGGCUGCUGUGUCCAUCCCGUCUCAUUGAUGUCUUCAGUGACACAGCGGUCAUCACCUUUCCUACCAGCAGCCUUUACAGACUCCCACAAUCCACCUGGGCAGAGCCACAAGAACCACAGUACCAACACUGCCCGGAUUUGGAGAUUAUACUCAGGGAAAAACAGAGCUGAGACACAGUUUUGGUAAAUACUGGACAUUUUUCUAAUUGUCGCUAUUGAUACGACCAGUAAAUGAACCCUGCUCCAAAUUCAAGGUUGACCUUGAGGAAGAAGAGGAAAAGAUAACAUCGACCAUCUUGGAUUAAUAAAUUCAAGCUGUCUUUCAUGCAGCAAUAAAUAAUUUCUUCCACAGAAUUGGUAGAACUUUUUAAAUAUCAUGUCAUAAUACAUCCAUAUUGUUUUUAUCCUGGUUUAUAAUAAUGCUUAUGUCAAAGGUCCAAACUAUUUUAAGAGUCAGCACUAGAACAACAAUUUUUAUAACGCAGGAAGCUAACAGAAUUUACCUUAUUCUUCUUUAAUUUUCUAUUCUAUCUACUUAGGAUUUGUUUGACAGGUAACACUGUUCCGUUGUCCAUUACCAUCCAAUAGUGUAACUGAUAAAAAACAAAACAAAACAGUAAAGUAACCAAACAUUUAAGAAGGAGGUUUAAUGUGUCAAGCAGAUUUUGGGCUCUGUAAAUCUUUUGUCUCGUUUACGUUAAUGUUAAUCCAUGCCAGGCUGGAGCAUAAAAAUAAAUUAUGGUAUGUUUUAUAAUGUGACUUAUAGUAACUCACCCAAAAUUUGCAGUGCCUAGUAAAUACCGAAAACACUUGAAGAGUCCAUACAUUUUAUUGAGUUUUUUGAGUUUGAAAUUGUUUCUAUUCUAAAUACAUGACACUAUCCCCUG